AUGCCAUUGUUUGGGCCCCACCUUGUAAAUCUUUAUGCUAAAUUUGGAAACUUUAAGGAUGCUUUUCUGGUAUUUGACCAACUCCCAGCUCACCAGAAAAACAACAUUGUUUCUUGGAACUCAAUCCUAAGAAACUUUCUUAAUUUGGGCAUGUUUCAUCAAGCUAUUGAAUUCUUUCACUUAAUAUUGAAUCAAGAUUUAGUGGUUCCUGAUAAUUACACAUACCCUUUAGCUCUUAAGGCUUGUUCUGCAUUGAAUGAUCUUCAAGAAGGAAGAAAGAUUCAAACUUUAAUACAAAAUGACAAAGAUUAUCGCAAUUUUACUCCUAGUAUACAUGUACAGAGUGCCAUGAUUGAUAUGUUUGCUAAAUGUGGUAGCUUAGAUGAUGCAAUAUUGAUAUUUGAAGGCAUGCCUUAUAGAGAUUUGGCGUUGUGGACUGUUAUAAUAUGCGGGACUCUGCAUAACAGAGAGUAUAUUCGAGCAAUGUGUUUGUUUAAAAGAAUGAGAUAUGAGGGGUUUAGGCCUGAUUCAGUGAGUGUGGCAGCUGUUCUUCCUGCUUGUAGUAGAUUGGAGUCUAGUAGAAAUAAGGAACUUGGAAUGGCACUGCAUGGGUGUGCUAUUAAUUGUGGAUUUGAAGGUGAUUUGUUUGUUUCAAAUGCACUCAUAGAUAUGUAUUGUAAAUGUGGUGAUACUGUCGAAGGUCAAUCUGUGUUCUGCAACAUGGUGCAUAAGGAUGCAGUUUCUUGGGGAACACUUAUUGCUGGUUAUUCACAGAACUGUGAAUGCCGAAAGAGUGUGGAUUUGUAUAUGGAGAUGAGAAUGUCAGGUUUAAGGACUAGUGCGGUCACUGUUGCAAGUGUUCUUCCUGGAUUUGGCAGACUUGGAUUGUUGAAGCAGGGAAAAGAGAUGCACGCCUAUAUUUUGAAACAAGGGUUUGAAGAUGAUAAUGUUGUUGGGAGUGCAUUGAUUGAUAUGUACUCUAACUGUGGCUCAAGCAGAGAAGCGGAACAUGUUUUCGGGAGCACAUCACAUAGAGAUAUCAUGUUAUGGAACUCGAUGAUUGCUGCGCAUUCUGGCAAUGAUCAGUUUGAUUCAGCUUUUAGGGUGUUUCGUGGAAUCUGGGGCUGUAUGCUAAAACCAAAUUCCAUAACCUUGAUGAGCAUCCUUCCAGUAUGUACUAAACUUGGAGCUCUUAAACAAGGGAAGGAAAUUCAUAGUCAUGCAAUUAGAAGCUCGUUGUUGAAUGUUGUCUCUGUAGGAAAUUCUCUCAUUGAUAUGUACUGCAAAUGUGGGUUCUUACAACUAGGAGUCAACCUCUUUAACUGCAUGAUGGACAAGAAUGUUGUCACGUAUAACACAAUCAUCUCUUCUUAUGGAAUUCAUGGAUACGCAGACAACGCAUUCUCAUUUUUCAACUCGAUGAAGGCUGCAAGAGUAAAGCCUACUAAAUUAACUUUUAUUGCUCUCUUAUCAGCGUGCCGUCAUGCAGGUUUGGUUGAUGCAGGUGAGUCCCUAUUCAAUUCCAUGAUUGACAAUUAUGGUAUGCAGCCGGAUAUGGAACACUACUCGUGCAUGGUGGACCUUCUAGGUAGAGCAGGUCAUAUUGAAGAGGCAUGUAAUUUUAUCAGCAGGAUGCCAAUAGAACCUGAAAAUGACAUCUGGUUAAGUUUGUUAGACGCAUGUAGACUUCAUAACAAGUUUAAGCUAGCUGAAGAAGUCGGGAAGCAUAUCCUGCAAAAUGAGUUGAGAGAUUCUGGCUGUCACAUUCUUAUGUCGAACUUAUAUGCAUCUGCUGAGAGAUGGGACGAUGCAUCAAAGGUCAGGAGUAUGCUAAAAGAAAAUGGAUUGACAAAGAAACCAGGGCACAGCUGGAUUCAGGUUGAUCGUGAAAUUCACAAGUUCAAAGCUAGGGACACAAAUCAUACAAAAUUUGAAAUUAUCAGCCCAAUGUUGGAGAAUUUGUUGCUGGAGAUGAAAAAGGAAGAGUAUGCAUUAGAACCGAACAUACUCUUCUAA